AUGGCGAGCGCCGAGUUGCGAACAGAGCUGGAGCAGCGGCUCGGCGCCUUGGCCAUCCGCACGGAGGUCGUGGAGCACCCGGAGGUGUUUACAGUUGAAGAAAUGAUGCCUCAUAUUCAACAUCUGAAAGGAGCACAUAGUAAAAACUUAUUUCUUAAAGACAAAAAGAAAAAAGGCUAUUGGCUGGUGACAGUUCUUCAUGAUAGACAAGUUAAUUUAAACGAUCUUGCCAAACAGUUGGGUGUUGGGAGUGGAAAUCUGAGGUUUGCUGACGAAUCAGCCAUGCUGGAAAAAUUAAAAGUUGGCCAAGGGUGUGCCACACCGCUAGCACUCUUCUGUGAUAACGGAGAUGUGAAAUUUGUUCUGGAUUCUGCUUUUCUGGAAGGUGGACAUGAAAAGGUGUAUUUCCAUCCAAUGACCAAUGCUGCAACCAUGGGAUUAAGCCCUCAAGACUUUCUCACAUUUGUGAAGAAGACAGGACAUGAUCCCUUAAUUCUAAAUUUUGAUAAGAACUGA